CGCCUGGAGAGUCAAUGUGUUGACAAUGCUGCGGAGAAACAGCUGCGUCGAGUAGUCCUCAAAUGUGAUUGGACAGUGGUGGAUCUAUGUAAGUGAUACCUCACAACAGUUGCCCUGAUUUAAUAGUUUCCCAGAAAGAGAAGAAUCAUGUAUCCUUUAUGGCCUCUGCUGUUUCUUCAUGUUUCUGCACAGCGUUGGACUCUGUUUGAUGAGAAGUUAAAGCCCACACGGGAAGGCAGAGUGAGAAUGGUGGGUGAUCUGCCUUCAUCUGGUCGUGUGGAGGUGUAUCAUGAUGGACAGUGGGGUUCAGUUUGUGAUGAUGGAUGGGAACUGGCUGAAGCUCAGGUGGUGUGUCGUCAGCUGGGUUUUCCUGGAGCUAUAUCAGCCACGGCUGGAGGACAUUAUGGUGAAGGCUCUGGUCCGAUCUGGCUGGAUGACAUCAACUGUAAAGGCUCGGAGAACUCAUUGUCUGAUUGCUACUUCAAAGGUUGGGGUGUUACUGACUGCACACAUAAAGAGGAUGCAGGAGUUGUCUGUGAAACUGGUAAAAACAUGAGCAGCAAUCAUCAGUUCUCUGUGGAUAACAGUCUGGGUUUGUCUGAAGAUCUUGGUGUUCUGUUUGACAGUGGAGAUGGUUGUGAUUUCAGCAUUUACGUACGUGACCUCAGCGAAGACGCAGAGUUGACGUUUUGUGUGCACAGUUUGAUCCUCAUGGUUUAUCCAAAAAUAAACAUAACACAAGACUCCAGAAAUGUCACAGUGGAGGUCAGCCAGACUUGCCAUCCUCACGUCUCUGCUUUUCUUAGGUAUUUGUACACACGCCAGGUUGAUGUUUCCAUCACAUCGGCCCAAUGCCUCCAUCAGUUGGCUCAUAUCUUUGGAGUGAAGAAGCUAAUGGAGGAUGUCGGCAGGGUCUUCGCUUUACUCAUUCCUGAAGACAACAGCUUCCAGACCCAGGUAUCAAUGUACGAGUAUGGUGUCCGCACAGGCGAUCUUGUUCUGCAGGAAAACGUCCUUCAGUACCUUUCCUGGAACUGUGAGUUCCUCAUAAGUUCUCCGGUGUGGAGCACCCUCUCCUUUCACAUGAUGGACGCUCUGCUGCUGCGCUCAGAUCUGGUUGUGAAAGAUGAAGCUUUUCUUCUUGAAGCACUGGAGGGCUGGAUCCAAGACAAAGGCGAUGCAGUUAGUCCAGAACAACAGGCCAGUCUCCUGAAUCACAUCCGCUUUCUGUUGAUCCCAGUAGAUAAACUCUAUGACCUGCUGUAUACCUCAAGUGUUCUACAUCAGAAUCAUGAGAAAUUGUAUCUAACUGGCAUGCUCAAAGGCUUUCAGUUCAAUGCUCUUCCCUUCUCUAAGAUGAGGAGGCAAAUGGACAACAUCAGUAAUGAGUAUCUACCUAGAAUCUACACAGCAAACGAGUGGACUGUAUUCAUCAAUGACACCACUGUUAAUCACCAGUACAAUCACUACUACCAUGGCCAAAAUAACAGAAUUCAAACGCUCUCAACUCCUGUACACACUAGUGCUAUUUUCAAAGACCAAAAGGUCCAAUGGCAAGCGCAGGUUUUUCUUAGCAUUCAAGAGUGCUCUAACUAUGGUUUUACAUGCGAUUCUCUCCCUGUUGCAAGGUUCUAUUUGUAUAGCAAUAUGUACGAUUAUGCCAGAACCAUUCGCUACAACAACCGGUUGAUUCUCAGCUGUAAAAAUGUAAACAAUGUCUUUCAUGUUCAAGAUUUCAAAAACGAUGUGGCAGUGAUUCCAAAAAACAGCAGUAUGGGCCUGCCGAACCCCUGUCCUGAUGACUACAAUUUUAGAUUUGUAGUGCGUCCAGAGUAUAUCUGAUGACUUCAGGUUGGUUCCUGCAGGCCUUUUAGUUCUCUUCUGUCCAGUCGAUCAAAUAGUUUUCAAUUCAUGUUUAAUCUUCAUUGAUGUUGUGAUGUUGAUUUAUGAUCUUCUGAAUAAAUUUGUCAAAUUUUCAAAUGUUUCCUCUAUUGAUCAUAUUGUUAACAUUAAUAAUUUUGGAGUGUUUUUGAAUGCGCUUAAAAAAAAAUGUUCAUAAUUUCUUUGAAGAGUUCUAAGACAUUAACUUAACCAACCAGCUCCAAGGUGAAUCACAACAUUAGAAAGCGUUGGGUCGCCUGUUUUCACAAUGCUGAUAGAUUUAAACUAAUCACAGUCAUUGUUGAUUACUAGGUUUUUUUUUCACUGUAUAAAAAUGUCUGUGGCAGUUAUCCAUUUGUAUGUCUAAUGCCACUCUUUGUCGGUAGUAAUCGAUUUAAACUAAGUAAACAGAUUUACAAUUCUUAGCAAGCAGAACUGGCAUUGUAUAAAUCAAUUUCUAUAAGCGAUGCAUUAUGUAUUAAAUAAAACCUCUAAUACACUGUGCUUCCACAUAACUUUAUCAGUUAUAAUUGAUAAAAAAAAUAGAAUUUUUAUAAUAUAUAAAUUAUUAAUAUUCCAAAUAAUAGUCUUUUUUCUUUUUCAAAAAUGUGUUUAUUUAACAUACUUAAUCUGCAAAUCAACUACCCAUUUUCCAUCAUUAUAUUAGAUGUUUACCUCUUCUGAAAAUCUAAAAAAGUGAAAAGAUUGUCCUUGUUUUCUAACUUUUAUAUUUAACUUUUAAAUACUUAUAUGCAAAUUUUAUGUUUGGAAUUAAAAUGAUGAUUUGUUUUAUUGUGACAAAGAACAGGUCAUUAUUGAGUGGAGGAAUUAGAAGGAUUUCUUUUAUCGUUACAAAUUAUAUUAUCUUCAGAAAUUGAGUGAAAAGAACUGAUUUUUUUAUUUUUUUAUUAUUGUUUGGCAUCCCCCUUUUGCUUUAAUAACACAAUGUACUCAAACUGUGUAAAGCUUUCUGUUUAUUUC